AUGACCCGGAAAAUGUGGGGCUUAAUUCCUGUGUUGGACUGCUCCCAGCUGCUGAGCUUGUGCGCUACGCAGUGCAAACCCUCCGCGCCCCGGGUAGACUCUCCGCUGCACACCAUGUCGGACCAAGCUUUUGUGACGCUGGCCACAAAUGACCGCUACGCCAAGGGAGCGAUGGUUCUCGGCCAGUCGUUACUAAACCACAACACAACCAGGAAGCUGGUCGCGCUCGUAGGACCUCAUGUUGCUGAACCUUGCAGAGACGCCCUUCGCUCCAUUUUCGACGAGGUGCAAGUGGUGGACGUUAUGGACUCGGGCGAUGCAGCUCAUCUAUCUCUGAUGAAGCGUCCAGACCUGGGAGUAACAUUCACCAAACUGCACUGCUGGAGUCUCACACACUACAGCAAGUGUGUGUUCAUGGACGCCGACACACUGGUGCUGUCAAAUAUCGAUGAACUCUUUGAGAGAGAGGAACUAUCUGCAGCGCCGGAUCCUGGUUGGCCCGACUGUUUCAACUCCGGGGUGUUUGUCUUCAGACCGUCCAAUGAGACGCACGAGAAGCUGCUCACGUUCUGCAGGGAAACCGGCAGCUUCGACGGUGGAGAUCAGGGGGUUCUCAACAGCUUCUUUAACACCUGGGCGACGGCAGAUAUUUCCAAACACCUCCCCUUCAUCUACAACCUCAGCAGUAUCGCCAUCUACUCCUACCUGCCAGCGUUCAAAGAGUACGGCCGGGACGCCAAGGUGGUGCAUUUCCUGGGAAAGGUGAAGCCAUGGAACUACUCCUACGAUGCUCAGACGGGCGAGGUCAAAGGCCACUCCCUGUCCCCUGACCAGUGCCACCUGCAUCCCGACUACCUGCUCAUGUGGUGGCAGCUGUACGCCAAAUCGGUGCAGCCUUUACUGCAACAGGCAUACGGGGAAACUCCAUUCAUCAGCGGCUUCGUAGACACCAGCAUGGACGGUAAGCUUCACGAGGAUUUGAGGGAGAACCAGGCACCCGUAGCUCCUCCCCCACAGAAGGUUUCAUCAGAGGUGAGGAAGCAGCGCUGGGAAGCGGGCCAGAUCGACUACAUGGGUGACGACUCCUUCGACAACAUCGCACGAAAGCUCGACUCCUUCUUAAAGUAGCGAGCAGGCGAGGCGGCGUGACGGACGGAGAGAGCACCAGUCAAAGCUCUGUGUGGGUGGAGAUUUUAAGCACUGCUCAGCCAAUCGCAGGGGCUUGACUAGCAGGCGACUGGAUGAAUGCCUUUGUCCAACGUUCAGCCUCGCUCUCUGCAUCCCGUCAGUGAGUGUGUAUGAGAGUGGAAGUUUGACACAGUUCCCACGCGCACACUCGCCAUUCAAUUUUCCCCUCAAAAGGAAAAGUUUGAUAUUUCACGAAAUACACCAUUUCACUUUCUUGCUGAGAGUCAGAAGAGAAGAUUGAUACUAAAUAUUAUUCAGCUACUGCCAGCAGCAUUUUUGAGUCACUCCCGCAAAUCAAGUAAACUCAUUCCUCUAUAAAAGCAUUUGUUCAAAAAGAACGAUUAAUUUGCGUAUCUAACAUCGCCAAUAAACAUGAAUAGUAUAAUCUUCUCAUCCAACUCUCGGGAAGAAGGCGACUACGCGUACUUCCCAAAAUGUCAGACUGUUCUCGUGCAUUUGACGGAGAUGGAUUCAUAAUCCCGAGUCUUCCUAAACCUGUGGAAACUUUCAGCGACAACAGAAAAUGAGAAAAUGAAAUCAUUAAGUUUCAAAGUUGUUUCUGGAUUUUACCACAACUCCCAUCCUGCAAUAAGUCUCUGUUUGAAGCAGAUAUGCAGCAACUGGCUCAUUUCCCUCUCAAAGUCCCUGCCAGUUAUGAGAAUCUCGCUUAAAUUAGAGUGUUCACCUCACCAGAGUACGAAGGUAAACUUCCCUAUCCGUGCCUCUGACACUCACCAGCUCCAUGUGACUUCAGCUCUGUAAUAUUAGGACAAAGGCCUGUUAUGUUGUAUUUGCAUGGCACAAAAAAAAAAAGUGGGUCAGUGAUGAAGUACUUCCACCCACAUCCUGAGGUGCUGUUGAUAGUCUUGUGUGUGUGUGUGGAAUCCGUGCGCUCCCCAGGCAUCUGUCCCCUGCAUGUUAUGUAAUGUCCCUGCCAGAUCCACAUCGGUACAUCUUUGUCAUGACCGGUUUCGUCACUUCAUUUCUGUAGUGUUACCAGCUGCCUUAUUGCCGCUCACCGUUUACAAAACCUCACUUACUGUAACCGCUGCUAGUAGCACAACCGAUCUUAACUUUGUUGAGUCCCUCCUUUCCUGUUACCAAUGCCUCUUUUACUUCACUCCAGCUGUGUGACCUGCAACUAAACUAUCUAUAGCUCCUAACAGCAACAACACACUCCUCCGACAAGAAGCUGGCAAGGUUGAGAGAAAAUGAUUUUUUUUCAAUCUUUUCGGCCCGCUAAAAUCCUGCUUGAGUGUGGAAGUGGAACAUAACUGUAGUGACAUCAGUUAAUGCAGAUCUGUCCUGUCACCUAGCUGUUAACUGUACAUCCUUGUAGAAGCGCUAAUAAAGAAACUGAAGAAUUACCUUUUAUCCAUCA